AUGAUGCACCUGGGAUAUCCGCGAAGUGGCCACAUGACCACCUACUAUCCCGAUUCGCCGUCGAUCCUGAAAGAAGAGAUCACGGCGAUUGGAGAUUUGAUGGAGAAGAAGGGGCUAGCCCUCGAGAACACCAGGCUGCGGAAGACUGCGUCAGGCGACUUUGAACUCUUGAUCGCAUCCGGUAUUUCAAACCCACGGGCGAACCACCGAGACCUUGGGGAAGAAGACACGUUCGAGCUCGAUGGCAAGCUUAAGGGGAAGACGCUGCGCCUGGUUUUUGGAGACUACCAGGAAGAAAUGGCCAAGAUCGCUCACUGCAUCAAGCAGGCAGAGCUCAAUGCCGCCAACGAGAAUCAAAAGAAAAUGCUCGAUGCGUAUGCCCAUUCCUUUGGUGCUGGGUCGAUCGAGGCGUUCAAGGAGAGUCAGCGGAUCUGGGUGAAGGACCAGAAACCGGCUCUGGAGACGAAUCUGGGAUUCGUGGAGACCUACCGCGAUCCGCAUGGUGUCCGUGGAGAAUGGGAAGGCUUUGUCGCUCUGGUCAAUAUGGAACGCACGCGGGCGUUUGGUACGCUGGUGGACAGUGCAGAAAGCAUGAUCCCCAAACUGCCCUGGGGCAAGGACUUUGAAAAGGACAAGUUCCUCAGUCCGGAUUUCACGUCGCUCGAAGUUCUGAGCUUUGCAUGCUCCGGUCUGCCAGCCGGUAUCAACCUGCCUAAUUACGAUGACAUCCGGCAGAACCUGGGAUUCAAGAAUGUGUCCCUGGGCAACGUUCUCAGUGCGAAAGCUCCCAAUGAGCCAAUCCCUUUCAUUGCCAAAAAGGAUGAGGAGGUAUACCGUCGCUGCCGCGAUCCGGCUUUUGAAGUCCAGGUCGGCAUCCAUGAGCUUCUGGGUCAUGGUACGGGAAAACUGUUGCAAGAAACGGCUCCCGGACAAUACAACUUUGAUAUUGCCAAUCCCCCGAUCAGCCCCGUGACAGGAAAGCCCGUCUCGACCUGGUACAAACCGGGUCAGACGUGGAGCUCCGUCUUCGGCGCGAUUGCCUCGUCAUACGAAGAGUGUCGCGCCGAAUGCGUGGCCAUGGCUCUCGGUUGUGAUUUCGGCAUCCUGAAGAUCUUUGGAUUCGGCGAUGGCAGCGAGGACAUGGCUGGUGAGGCGGGUGAUGUGCUGUUCACCGCAUAUCUCCAGAUGGCUCGCGCGGGUCUGGUUGCAUUGGAAUUCUGGGAUCCCAAGACUCAGAAAUGGGGCCAGGCGCAUAUGCAGGCCCGAUACAGCAUCCUCCGCACGUUCCUUGAUGCCGGUGGUGACUUUGUCAAGCUGUCGUAUACCAAGGACGACUUGUCAGACCUGGAGAUCCAUCUGGAUCGCUCGAAGAUCUUGAGCCAUGGUCGCCCAGCAGUGGAGAAGUACCUCCAGAAGCUGCAUGUGUACAAGAGCACGGCGGACAUUGAGGCUGGCCUGGCUCUGUACAAUGGGAUUACCGCAGUGGACAAAUGGUGGGGGACCCAGGUGCGCGAGGUGGUGCUGAAGAACAAGGUGCCGCGUAAGGUGUUUGUGCAGGCCAACACCAUCCUGGACGGGGAUCAGGUCACGCUCAAGGAGUAUGAGCCGACGCUGGAAGGUCUGAUCCAGAGCUUUGCCGAGCGCCAUGUGUAG